AAAUACUAAAAUUGGCAGUGAUUUCUUUUAAAUUUUUGGUCAGCUAAAAAUAAAAAACCAUUAUAAAUAAACCAUGAAAAACAAGAAAAAACCAUACGGACUUUGUAAACAACAACGAUGUCUGAGUCAAAAGAUGGAACCCUUGUUACUAGUGAUGAAAGAUUUGUUGAAGAUAAAGAAUUUGAAGAGAAAUUAGUACGAAAGAUGGACUUUAGAAUUAUGCCUUUAUUAAUUUUGUUAUAUUUCUUAGCUUUCUUGGACAGAGUAAACAUUGGAAAUGCGAAAUUGACAACUAUGGAAAAGGAUCUUGGAUUGGUCGGAUCUGAAUUUAAUUGGUGUCUAAGUAUUUUCUUUAUAGGAUAUAUUUUAUUUGAAGUUCCUUCGAAUAUAGCACUUAUCAAGACAAGUGCAUUUUUGUGGAUUGCUCUUAUAAUGUUUUCGUGGGGAGUUGUAGUAACUCUCAUAGCAUUUGUAAAAAAUUUUGCGGGAUUAUUAGCGGCAAGAUUUUUUGUGGGAGCCUGUGAGGCGGGCUUAGCUCCAGGCGCAGUUUAUUUUUUAGCCACGUGGUACAAACGAUCAGAAAUAAAUUCCCGUAUAGCUUAUUUAUCUAUUGGAAAUAGUUUUGCUGGUUCCUUUAGCGGUUUAUUAGCAUUUUCUCUUAUAAAAUUAGAAGGAAAACUUAACCUAAAAGGAUGGCAGUGGUUAUUUUUAGUUGAAGGAUUAAUAACGGUUGUUGUCGCUAUAGCUUCUUAUUUCUUUAUUUCUGAUUAUCCUGAAAAAUCCAGAUGGCUUACUGAUAAAGAGCGUAAAUAUGCUACUGAUCGAUUAAAACAUGAUAUAGGAAAAGCUCAUAUAAUACAUUAUAAUAGAGCGCACAUUUAUGCCGCAUUCACAGAUUAUAAAGUUUAUUUGGCUAUGAUACAACUUUUUGUAGCUUCGAUAUCAGUUUCUUCUUACCAAUUAUUUCUUCCAUCAAUAGUACACGGAAUGGGAUAUAAUUUCGUCGUAUCACAAUUAUUUUCAAUACCACCAUUCUUUUGCGCUGGUGUAUCGACAAUAAUUGUUGCAAUUAUUUCGGAUCGUAAACGUACUCGUGGUCCAAUUAUGUUUUUGACUUCGAUUAUUGGAAUUAUUGGUUAUAUAAUGUUACUCAUACCUUCAUUAAGCGGCCCUGCAAAAUAUGUCGGAGCUUGUAUUGUUGGAACGGGUUUAGUUCCUGCUGUCACGACUGCAGUCGCAUGGAUGGCGAAUAACAUAGCAGGUCACGCGAAAAGGGGUAUAGCGGCAGGAUUGAUAUUGAUGAGUGCAAAUAUAGGUGGUGUAAUAGCAUCACAAAUUUAUCGAGAAAAAGAUUUCCCAAAUUAUAUAUUUGGUAAUUCAAUAGCCUUGGGGUGUUUGGUUGCUGCGACUUGUAUUGCAGUCUUACAAUAUUUUAUUUAUAAAACUUUAAAUGAGAAAAAGAGGAAAGAUCCACAAUCAUUUUUGCAAGGAAAAAGUGAAGAAGAAAUUAAAAAUUUGGGUGACCUGCAUCCCGAUUUUAUGUAUAUUCUAUAGUUUGUAAAUUAACUUAAUUAAAUAAUUUAUGUAUUUUUAUUAAAUGUUGUACACUUACACCGC